AUGCAAAACGGCAUAGAUCUGCUCACCUCUGUCCUCGUACUGGAGUACUGGUUGGGGCCAGGUAGGUACAAUGCUAAGCAGCGCAUACAGGAAGCCGAGAGCAAGGUGUUUGAAAUGCUCGAUGCGGGGCUUAGGGUGCACGGAUCCACAGGGCAGCAAUCUAUAGCCCCGGACGCAUUUCUCAAGACACUCUUCCUGGACAUGGGCGUGCCCCCAACACUAGCUUCACAGGCCUUGGAUCAUAUAGCUUCAGUGGCUGGCUCCAGAAAGUAG